AUGACUGACAGCUUCAACGCAGCCAUUUACACCACCCCCUUCCUCAACCGCUCUACCAAUAUGCCGUCGAUGCGCCGCGUCAAAAUAUUCGGCCUCUUCGUCGUCCUAUUCGUCGUCACCGUCCUAUUCUACACUGCCUCGCUCCGCCAGAGCCAAUCGCAAGACUCGCGGACUGCCAGCGAUUUCUAUGACAAGACCGUCAAUGCCUUGAACAACAAAAAACCGGGAGGAGGAACCUCAGGUGACGAAGAGGUGGCAGCUGCGAUGGCGAAGAGCUUGAAGGAGGCUGCACAAGUGGCGAAGGAUAAUGCGAAUGCGAAGGCUCCAAAACCAGAUCCACCAUCCAGCAUAUUGGGGGUUGGAAGCGCAGCAGAAGGGGCGAGAGAGGAGAAGAGUGUGGCUGGACGGAAGAAGUUUACGACUGGGGAAGCGCAAGAGCCUAUCAAGAACAAAGUUGAGACGCAGGAGGACCACGAUAUUGAGGUUGAACUCAACAGUAUCUUGAAGAAAUCGCCGAUCAUCAUAUUCUCGAAAUCGUACUGCCCUCACUCCAAAAGAGCCAAAGAUAUUCUCCUCGAAAAGUACAUUAUCAACCCUGCGCCAUUCGUCGUGGAAUUAGACAAACAUGAACUGGGACCUCGACUCCAAGCCAAGCUUGCGGAACUCACAGGGCGAAGCACCGUUCCCAAUGUGCUUAUAAACGCUGUCAGCAUAGGAGGCGGAGACGAUGUCGCUGAUUUGGACGCCAAGCACACUCUGAUUAGCAAAGUCAAGAGCCUGGGACUAGGGAAGAUUGUCGAGGUACGAGAGCGGCCUGUUGCUGAAGAAGCAGACAAACCCGAGCCUAAAUCCGAGAUCAAACCCAAGCCACAGGCUCAUGGUCUGAGAUAA